AUGGCUGCUGUCGACUGUAUGUCGAUGGCCUCGCGCCAUCACCCCCACCACCCCUACAACCACCAGCACGGCCGGGAUCGGGAUCGCCGCUCGAGCUAUUCCACCCUGGGCAGCAACAACCCGUAUGCCCGAUACAUGUCACCAGCACCUUCAAUGAACUCCCACUCCCACUCCAAGCGGUCUCUCUCGGAAUCCUUCCCCUCCGUACCCACCGUUUCCAUGGAUUCACGUAGGUGGUCCGGCUCUCCCGAGCACCAACCGGUGUACCCGAGACAGCGAGACAGUUCGGGAACCCGGCGCCGUCGCUCGCAGCAGCGAUACUCGCGAAACUCACAGUUGGUGAAUCCGGAUAUCAUCGAUGAGCUGGACGAUGUGACGUCCUACUCUUAUCAUCACGAGGGUCCGUACGAUGCGGUUUGCCCCGAGCGCAAUCGCAUUAGCCAUCACAGUCCGCUCGAGGCAGUCAGAGAGUCGAAUGAGGAAGCUCUGCGUGCUACGCCGCGCGAUAAGAUUAUCGAUUGCUUGCACAGCCACCGCCCACUCGAUGGCACGGCCUAUUUCCCUCCCGGUACGACCGAUCGGGAUGGACAGACGUACGAGUAUGAAGAAGGAUCGAAUAUGAUGGAUGAAUAUGGGCUUUUCAUGCGCCUUCCCGGUCAGAAAUUCACCGACGAGGAUUUCAAGAAUGACCCAUUCUACAACCAGCCCAUCUCCAACCCAUUCCUUCAACUGAAGAAGAAACUCAGUCUACGUCGCAACAAGAAGCGGCGGAGUACCGCUUAA